AGAAGAAUGGCUGUUACCAAUGAAUUCUAUGAGCAGAUCAGUGAGGAGCACCUGAAGAACUUCUUCUUCAUUGGUCGAGGAGCUUUUGGGGACAUUUUCCGAGCUCGGCACAAAGAGUGGGGGACCGAUGUUGCAAUCAAGUUUCUGAACCGGAACGCUUCCUUCACUCGAGAGGAACUCUUGAAUGAAGCCCGUGCCAUGGACAAAGCCCGCUUCACCUACAUCCUACGACUCUUUGGCCUCUUCGUAGGCAAAAUACAGACAGAUGCUACCUUGGUGUCAGCCAUAGCGCCCAGUUUGGGCUUGGUGAUGGAAUACAUGGAGAACGGCAACUUGUCCCAGUUAAUGUGUCAGGUCCCCACCAUGCCUUGGGCCCUGCGUUUCCGCAUUCUGUAUGAGGUAGCCCUGGGGAUGAAUUUCUUGCACAAUCUCAGUCCUCCAUUGUUACAUCUGGAUCUUAAGCCUAGCAAUGUCUUACUUGAUGGGGAACUGCAUGUCCGGGUGUCGGAUUUUGGUUUAUCCAAGUUCAGGCGAGGAACUACUCAGCAAUAUAACCCCAGUUCUGGGGAAGAGGGCACCUAUGGUGGGACCCUGGAGUUCAUGCCUCCUGAAUCCUUUUCUGAUUUCAAUUACAAGCCAGCCCGCAGCACGGAUGUCUACAGUUAUGGCAUCCUGAUGUGGUCAGUGUUAAGCAGUCAAGAACCUUACCACAAUCUCCACCAUGCCAACAUGAGUUCCAUGAUCAAGAUGCAUAUCCCCCGAGGUCAAAGGCCACGGACGGAAGAUCUGGAGAAGCAGGUCGAUCAAGUGUUUAAGCUGGGAAACUUGAUUGAUCUCAUGAGAAGAUGUUGGUCUAAUGAGAAGGGCCAAAGGCCGAGCUUCUGGGACUGCAGCAAAGAAAUGGAAGAUGUGCAUUGCUGUUACAAGUGGAAAAUUACGCCUGCUGUUCGUGAAGUCCAAGAUAUUUUGAUGCAGAAAGAGAAUUCUUCUAUAACAGAAGCCAAGGUCCCUCCCGGUCUGAGUUCCAAGGGAGCCAGUCUUACCCCUUUGAGAUCCGAGGAAUACCGAGCAUUCUCUCCUUCCUGUGGUUUGGAAGAACGUUUUAAAACUUUCCACCUAGAAGAAAUGUCACCCGUGCAAAAUGGCAAGUGCAAUGUGAAAGGGGCCUUCCUGAAUUGGAAUGACAAGAAGUGA